UAACUUUUCUAACCUGCUGUAGCAGCUGGCUGUGCCACAAUGCUAAUGCUAGCUAACAUAAACAGGAACAAGUUCCAAGUUAUUCAGUUACAGCUGCUGUUUUAUCUUUUUCAUCUGUGAAAGCUUUAAGUUGCUCUGUCCUUCAGCUUCCUGGCCAAUCAAAUCAAACCAUGAAUCUUUAGCAGCUAAAAUCUAUUCAAGCUUUUUGACAUAAUAAAUUAAACUCCAUCAGCAGCAGCAGCAGCAGCCAGCAGCUCCUAAACAGACAUUAUUUGUCCAUUGGGUCUCUAAUCCUCAGUGGCUCAGACAGACAGCCUGCUUCUUUCAGACUCAUGCCCGCCUCCCUCUCCUUCCCUCUGGGGGCCGCUGCCCCUGAACCGGCCUAAAGCAGCAGCAGGAUGUUCGCAGGCUCAGCCUCUGUGCAAGGAAACAUGAGCAGGCGCAGAUAUUCAGAGUCCCGGGCCGCCGGAUAAAACCAGAGGAGGAGACGGCGGUCCGUGUGGUUGGAGCUCAGAAACUCAGGCGGGGAACAUGUGAGCGGGGCAUGGGCGGCUGGGAGCGGGAUUAUUGUUCAGCACAGCCGAGAGACGCAGGAGGGAGCCGGGGAAGGAGAGACGCGGGGACAGUUUUCCUCCACGAACCUUUUGGAUUGGAGCGCAGCAGAGAGAUCUGCGGACCGAGCGGCCAAAGAUGAACACCGUUGUGUUUAACAAGCUGAGCAGUCAGGUCCUGUUUGAGGAGAAGGCGAAGGAAGUGGAAAUGAGCAGCAGAAAUUACCUGGAGGUCAUCGACGGCCAACAUCCAGAUCUCCUCUGCAGCAGCCCGGCCAUCAGAGACAGCCAGGCGGCCAGACACAGGCGGAGCGGGGGUCGUCCCAGCGGCAGCAAAGUGCGACACAAGCGCCAGGCCCUGCAGGACAUGGCGCGGCCGCUCAAGCAGUGGCUCUACAAGCACAGAGACAACCCGUACCCGACCAAGACGGAGAAAAUCCUGCUGGCGCUCGGCUCGCAGAUGACUCUGGUCCAGGUGUCCAACUGGUUCGCCAACGCCAGGAGACGCCUGAAGAACACGGUGAGGCAGCCGGACCUGAGCUGGGCGCUCCGGAUCAAACUCUACAACAAAUACGUUCAGGGCAACGCCGAGAGGCUGAGCGUCAGCAGCGACGACAGCUGCUCCCAAGAUGGAGACAACCCUCAGAGGACACAGAGCGGUCCUGAGGAUCUCACCAAGCCCUUGUACCAGAGCGUCAUCAAGAAGGAAGGCUCCCCCAUGGUGGGCGUGGCCAUCGGCAUGGACCCAGGGCUGCGUUCUGCAGUGGAGGCCGAGGACUACGUGUCUCCACCCAAGUACAAGAGCAGCCUGCUGCACCGCUACCUGAACGACUCUCUGCGACACGUCAUGGUGGCCAACGCUGUCAUGGACGCUCGCAAGAGGAACCACUCUGGCUCCUUCAGCUCCAAUGAGUUCGAUGACGAGCUGCUGUCGCCAUCGUCCUCUGAAGCUGAGGCCCACUUCGUCUAUCGAGCCGAAGCCACAGACCAUGGAUCAAGUCAACAUGACAAGGGCAACGGUGGCGUCGCAGCGACGCAGAAGGCCAAAGAUGAGACGUACUGGAAGGAGAUCAACGCCGCCAUGGCCUUGACCAACUUGGCUCAGGGGAAGGACAGCGUCUCCGGGACAACCAGCUGCAUCAUCCAGAAGUCCUCCCAUAUAGCUGAGGUGAAGACUGUUAAAAAGGUUCUAGCUCUGACGUCCUCCCAUCCAAAAGUAGAAACCAGUAAACAUUCCUCUCUCCGCAAGUUUGAACUGAACUCCCCUUUAAAUGAAGAGAACUGUUUCUUAAGGAGGGAAAAGGGUUUGUUUAAAGCUGAAGAUGAAAUCAUUUUGUCAUGUUGAAGUUCCCGUUUUGUACCAUUUCCCUUCCAUUGUCAGUGCCUUAACAUUCCCAUUCUUGAAGCAAGAAAUGUUUGUAAUGUUAUAUUAUUAUCCAAAGUGAACUUAUCAGCUCAAUGAUGAUGAGCUACGGAACUGAAAAUCAUCUGGUGUUAAAAACUAGCGGUACAAUAAGCUGGGUUAGGUUUCAACAUGGAGCAGAAGGUACAAACAUCUGAUUAAAUAUAAUUUAUUUAAGGUUAAAAUUUUUACAUUAACUUACUGCAUUGUGUCUUUAAGGUUCUGUGUCAGUGCAUCUUCCCAGUGCAAAGUGACACUCACUUUAGCAAUCCUUAAUUUGAAAUUGGAAUUUUGGAAGUUUUUAUUUUUCUUUGCCAAGUCUUAAAUCUGCAGUAUGUAACUUUUAUCAUUUUUUUUUUCAUAUUUGUUGAAAUUAUGUUGUAACAUUUUGGUAUGAGACAGAUAACCUAUUGAAGCUCCUUUGCCUUUUCCCAGUGCUAACCAGAAACAACCAAUCAGAGCCUGAAGGCGGGUGUUAGUGCUGUCAAUCACCCGCCUUGUGGCGAGGGUGACAGCAGAGCCUGUAUAAAAGUUACAGACUACAGCUUUAAGGCUUUUUAAAACCUUGUAUUAUGGCAAAUACUUAGACUUCAGUAUUCAGUAAAUGCAGUUCAAAGUUCUUUUCCGUAACCAAAACCCAUAAACAUGAUUUUGGAGAAAUCAAACUGAAAACCUUCUGAUUACCAGACUCUUACCACAGAGGUACAGCUGCCUCAGAUUUACCACUACAUUAGCCUGAAACCCGGUCACCGUGAUGCCUUUUUUCUGUUCAGCAAUAUAUCAUGUGACUAGUGAAAUAAAAAAUUUCAGUGAGAAUGACAGUUUCUCGCUCAGUUGAUCAGGUGCUGAUGUGAACCCUUGCGUUCCUCAUGGUUAUGUUGGGGUUGCCUGGAUGUCUUUUUGUUUUGUUUUGGUCAGUUUUGUUUAUCCAGACUGUUGCAUUAGGAUCAUGUCUUGGCAUCCAGUGGAAAGAGUCUGUUUCUAGAGAAAAUACUUUUCCUAAUGGUGCACAUGUCAUAAACUUUUGUGGUGAGCUUGGAAAAGCUCACAGUUGUAAAAAAAAAAAACAAAGAAAGAAAAAACAAAACCUUCUCAUGUCCUUGGGAGAAAGUGAAGUUGGCCCUCUGUGCUGACUUUUAACUUAAUACGCCUUCAAGGUAUUGUUCAUGUGUUAUGAAACCUAAAGUGUAACAUGAAUUGCUCAGUUUGAGUUUUAUGACAUGCAGUCUGUUGUUAUGGUCAAGGACUUUGCAAAAGAGUGAAGUUGCACAGUGACUUUUUUUUUUUUUUUUUUUUUUACAUGUCUCGAAUGCUUAACAAAAGUCUGUACUUAAAGUUCGUGGUUGGGGAGGUGUUUCAACAAAAUGAAAGAAAGUUCAAGAAAUGAGGGGUGCCUUUGCCUUACUGCAGUCGGUGUGCCUAAACAAGUAGAAGGAAAUGAGUCAAACCUGCCAAUCCCUAGUAAGGCUGUUGGCCUCCUAUAGGUGUUUAUAUACAUCAGAUCCAGGCAGGGAGGACCUGGAUCCAUGCCUUCGUCUCUGAACGAAGGCAUGGGCCUCACAACUCGCACACUGAGAGGAGAGGAGGCAGGGGAAGGUAAGGAGAGUUCAGGGACAGAAAGUCUCUAACAACCAGAGACCGGUCACACUGGCUAACCCAUGAACCCCACUGUGGACCAGACUGUCUGAGGUCUUCAACAAACUCUCCACUUCAUCUGGGAGGAUCCAGUCAGAGCCUUUAAAUACACGUGUUAACAUGUUUCUUCAUACCUUACCUGCCUUGUGAAGUAACUACGCCAGCUGGAGUGUGAAGCCUCACUCAGGGAACGAUGGUUACCUUCCUGAUACGUCCUCCUUACGGCCAGUCAACAGAACCCUGUUAGGGUCGACAGUACGGUAAAUAAGUCAGGGAGGAGGUGAAAUGAGGACAAACAAUGAAGCUCAUUCCAAUCAUUUUGUAAAUCAAAAGGUUCUGUAUCAAUGAACUGAAGCCAUCGUCUGUGAUCCUGAACAGAACUGAUGCUUUAACAGGGAGAACCUUGUUCCCCCGACAACAGAGGAGUCAUUGUGGAUAUUGUAGCAUCACACAGUAAAUCAGGACACAUAGGGAUGAAACAGGAACAAGAUGUUUUCAUUAUUUAUAUUUAAAAUGGCAACCAUCAAUUUUUUUUAAUGUUGACUCACAAAGUGAGAUUUUUUAAAAUGUUAUUUUAUUUUUUGCUUAUUCAAAUGGAGACUGGAUGUUCAGUCCAAUGACCAAAAUGCAUAUCUCCCUUUUGUUCGAUUUGUUUUCAUGUAAAGCCAUUUUUUUUAUGCUGCUUUGUAACAACAACGAAUAAAACUCUGAAUGAAA